UUAACCCAAUCCGAUCACCUGCCACCACCCACCUACGAACGAAGACGAACAAUGGCUGGGACUCACCGCCGCUUCAUCCUGGUAUCCCUCGCCGUCGUGCUGCUGUUGCCGCGCGCCACGGCGUACCCGUGGCAAGUGUGCGGCAAGACAGCCAACUUCACGGCCAACAGCACGUACCAGGCCAACCUCGACGUCCUCGCCGCGGCGCUGCCAAAGAACAUCUCGUCGUCCCCUGACCUCUUCGCCACCGCCGUCGUCGGCUCCGCCCUGGAUCAGGUCUCGGCUCUCGCGCUCUGCCGCGGCGACGCCAACGCCACGACCUGCUCCAGCUGCCUCGCCAUGGCGUUCCAGGAGGCGCAGAACCUGUGCGCCUACGACAAGGACGCCGCCAUCUAUUACGACCCCUGCGCCCUCUACUACUCCUCCAACGUCAGCUUCCUUUCCUCCUCCGUCGACAGCGUCACGUCGACGACGAGCCGCAUCAACUACCAGAACGUCACGUCGGACCAUGCUCGCUUCAACCGCCAGGUGGCCGCGCUGGUGAACGCCACCGCCGACUACGCCGCGUACAACUCCACGCGGCGUUACGCGGCUGGGGAGGCCGACCUCGGCGCCGGCGAGUUCCCCAGGGUGUACAGCUGGGCGCAGUGCACGCCGGACCUGACGCCAGCGCAGUGCCGGGGUUGCCUCGCCGACAUCGUUGCGAAAUUUCCAAGGCUGUUCACUGACCGCAUCGGAGGGAGGACGCUUGGGGUCAGGUGCAGCUACCGGUACGAGAUUAACCCCUUUCUCAAUAGUCCGGUGAUGGUGCGGCUGGCUGCGCCACCGAGCUCGGAAGCGCCUGCGCCGGCCGUUGUGCCCACGGGUUCAAAUUCAGCGGCGGCCGCCGGAAGAGGUGAGAAGUUCAUUGUUACUGGCACGGUCCUUGUGAUUGUGCUCCCUACUAUCGCGGCUUUGUUGGUAAUCAACCUCCUUGUUUGGCUCUGUAUCUGGAGGAAGAUGAGGAGGAACCAACAACCUCAUUCUGUUGCACUAACAUUACAAGCUUCAACAGAUUCCAUAAACUCUGCUGAACCGGAGAACAUUGAAACUGUAGAGUCGAUGCUCAUCGACAUUUCUACGCUGCGAGCCGCGACUGGGGGUUUUACGGAAAGCAACAAGCUAGGCGAAGGAGGGUUUGGUUCAGUGUACAAGGGAACUCUACCGGAUGGCUAUCAAAUAGCGGUGAAGAGGCUCUCCAAGAGUUCGACGCAAGGGAUUGGGGAGCUGAUGAAUGAGCUUGCUUUGGUCGCAAAGCUUCAGCACAAGAACCUCGUCAGGCUGGUUGGCGUCUGCUUAGAGCAGGAUGAGAGGCUGCUCGUCUACGAGUUCGUCCCCAACCGGAGCCUUGACCAGAUUCUAUUCGAUGCCGAGAAACGAGAACAACUCGACUGGGGAAAGAGGUACAAGAUCAUAAACGGAAUCGCACGAGGCCUGCAGUACCUCCACGAAGACUCCCAGCUCAAAGUAAUCCACCGUGACCUCAAGGCAAGCAACGUCUUGCUUGACACCAACAUGAACCCCAAGAUUUCAGACUUUGGUCUGGCGAAGCUCUUCGGGAGCGACCAGACGCAGGGCGUCACGAGCCGUGUCGUCGGAACAUAUGGGUACAUGGCACCGGAGUACGCGUUGCGCGGGAACUACUCCGUCAAAUCGGAUGUGUUCAGCUUCGGCGUCAUGGUUCUGGAGAUCGUGACGGGAAAGAAGAACAACGACUCCUACCUCUCCCAGCAAUCCGAAGAUCUGUUGACUCUUGUGAGUGCUGUAAAUAUAUUCUUGGUCACUGUUUGCAGAUCUAGGAGCACACAUUUCAGUACAGUGUGGGAGCACUGGACGGCCGGAUCGAUAUGCGAGCUGAUAGACCCGGGCAUGGGAGACACUUUCUCCCGGAGCGACGCACUGCGGUGCAUCCACAUCGGGCUGCUCUGCGCGCAGGGUGACCCGGCAGGCAGGCCGGUGAUGUCGUCGGUGAUCAUGAUGCUGGGUAGCGACACGGUGUCUCUACAAGCCCCGCCCAAGCCGGUGUUCUACGCUAGGCAAAACGGCGGCCGCAGCUCAGGCACGUAGUUCAGCAUGUCGACGCCGUCGGGUUAGAGUCAGUCCUACAAUCUCUGGUUCUCUGACUCCAGUUGACUCAGGUUAAGAACAACGUUGCUGUUGGUUUGUAGUGUGGAUGGGACUGUUUGGAUGAGAAACAUUUCUCUGCAAAGUUCUGUUGUGAGCCCCUCAGAGUUUCUUAAUGAGUGCCCCUAUGAGUUUCUUUUAGAGCCUGCUCUCCAUUUAGGAUCAAAUAAUAUUUCAGGUGUAGGGUGUUGGUCGCCAUUGUAGUGGCACACUGGUCACUUUUUUUCGAGAAUUUGGUCAGGUUGGUCCUUGGAUGAUAGAAAAAUUACAAGAAAUUUGUCAGGUUGAUCU